GUUGUAGUGAUGGCCUAGCCGUGCUGGGCGCGGGUCGCAAAGAGCAUGGCCAGGGUGCGGAUGGUCAGAUGGGCUUGCUGGGCUGUGAUGCUAGGACUGUGCGCUCUGGCCACACAUGGCGAGAUGCAGCAGCAAUGCCCACCGAGAAGCGAUAUUUCGCCAUGCUCGUGUCAAGUGAAGAAGAACGGUCUGGACAUCUUGUGCGAGUUUACGGACCAGCAGCACAUCAACAACGCGAUGGCCAUACUAAAAGGAAAGUCGCUGGUCAUAUUCUACCUGAAGCUGAGGCACAACAACCUGCGCAAGCUGCCUGGUUUCGUCUUCUUAGGUCUGGAUAUCAGACACCUCACCAUCCACAACAGCAGUCUGUCCGUUGUCGAAGAGGCUUCACUAAGUAGUAUAGGUAAAAUGCUGACCCAAUUGGAUGUAUCUCAGAAUGGAUUGACGCAAGUUCCAUCUGCAGCCUACAAAAACCUCCAUCAUUUGCUAAUACUGAACAUGAACCACAACAAGAUCAACAGCUUGCACGCUAGAGCUUUCCAAGGUCUAGAUACUCUGGAAAUACUCACUUUGUACGAAAACAAGAUCAACAACAUCGAUCCGGAGGCUUUUGUUGGACUCGAAAAGAAACUGAAAAGACUAAAUUUAGGCGGAAACGGUCUUACUUCAGUGCCACAAAAAGCUUUGGUUAUAUUGGAUAUGCUGAAGAAGCUGGAGAUGCAGGAAAAUAGAAUUUCGGAUAUAAGAGAGGGCGAUUUUGAAGGUCUUAAAAACUUGGAUUCUUUGGGAUUGGCGCACAACAAGUUGCGCAUUGUCCCGUCGCGAGUUUUUUCGCACUUAACAGUGUUAAAUUCGUUGGAACUGGACGGUAACAACAUCGACACAGUGGAUCCGGAAGCCUUUGCAGGACUUGAAGAAAAUUUGCAAUAUUUGCGCAUGGGGGACAACAAUAUCCACACUAUACCCACUGAAGCCCUAAAAAGACUGCACAGACUGCGCCAUCUGGAUUUAAGGGCCAACAACAUCACCUACAUAUCAGAGGAUGCAUUCGCUGGAUUCGGAGACUCAAUCACGUUCCUUAAUUUGCAGAAAAAUGACAUUCGCACGUUGUCAGGCAUGAUAUUCGAGAAUUUGAACUCCCUGGAAACGUUAAACUUGCAGAAUAACAAAUUAAUGCACAUCACUGAGGACGUAAUGGAACCAAUACUGGAUACGCUACGCGUCGUUGAUAUAAUGGAUAACCCCCUACUGUGCGACUGCGAUCUGCAAUGGUACAAGAACUGGUUGUCGGGUUUGAAGGACAAGGAUGACGAGAUGAUGCAAAAGAAGCGCACGGUGUGCAUGAUGCAGCAGGAGCACAGAGAGUACAACUUGCAGAGCUUGCCGUUGGAGAAGAUGAGCUGCGUGAUCAAGUCGCCGAAUUUGAUUCCGAACGCCGCGACGGCCUUGACGGCCAGGUUCAUGGCCGCCUUUUCCGUGUGCUUUUGGGCAGUGAUAUACAUUUAACACUAGAUAAAUUUAGUUGUUUGUAAUUAUUGCAGUAUAACACUUUAGAGGAAGUUCGUAGGAUUAGUUUUAAUGGAUAUUUUAUAUUUAAAACGAGUUCUAGAGUUCUAGUGUAGUUGGUUCUAUUAAGUUUUCGCGUCUUAGGCAUGUAACUUGCUGGUAGUUCUAGUUACGGUUCGAAAUAGCUUCUUUGCUUCGUAAUUAUAUUGUCAUUGAAACAUUCCAGUUUUAGAUGCGGUUGAAGUGGGCGCGGUGGCGGGUUUUUAAUGGAUUUUUUCGCGUUACCAUCAGCGAAUAAUUGUGUCUCUUUCCCAAUAAAAACCAACAUCGCGUUUAUCUAAGCCCUUCUAUGCAUAUCAAUUUUAGUGAGAAAUAAUAUGGUCAGAUCCACCAACAAUGGUUUCUUAAUGUGUCCCUUAUAUUUCUAAAUGUCUUUCUCUAUCUAUCUCUUGAUGUUAUUCAAACAUAUAACCGUAGAUGUAAUUUUGUAGGUGUUUAAGAGUUUCGAAAAUUUAAUGAUGAAUCUUUAAUUUUAUUGUUGAGAAUCGCACACCAAAUUAAGACAUUUAAGUAAGAGUUAUAUAGGGACGAAGGCCUAUACAUAUCAAGGUGGAUUUAUAAAAAUAUCACAUAUCAAAUGUGCCGCAUUAAGCCUUGCUGGGCAAACGGCUUGCUCCAGGGAUUUACGAUUUUGUGAGACAGGGGGACAAUCGCAUUGUUCUCUUCAAAAUACCAAAACCCUCAGACGAAAACCCGUUUCUCACCAAGGAGUUGCAUGCUAAUUGUAAAGUAAAAUAUAAUUAACAUAUUAAUCCCUAUCUUGUGAGCUUUCACCACAUAUCAUUAACUAUUAAUGUAUUAUCGUAAGAAUUAAAUAUUAUUAUACUUAUUUAUAGGGAAAUUUUGUCAAUGAAGCACUAUUGAGUGUUCAGCUAAAUAUUGAACAGAUUGAUCUAUCUUCAUGCAAUUCUUUAUCGUGGAAAAUUGCUAUACACGUACCUAAAUAUAAUUAGAGAGAAUUUAGUUUAGUCAAUUUGGUAAAAAUCAUCCCAAAUGAAAACCUGAAUGCAUGAAGAGUUGAAUUAAAUUUUAAAAAUCUAAAUUUUGUGAUAAGCUGUAACAUUGAAAAUUGAAUAUAGAAUAUUGGUUAUAUUGGUUAUAUAAGCAAUAUUGUUCACAAGGGCUGUACAGUCUAGUAACAUAAACAUAUCAGCAUUCUUGAUGCGUAGAAUUUGUAUAAAGGAAGCCACGUUUGGGGCGCACGUUUGACAAAAAAACUGCGCCAGACCAUUUCAAGACAUAUCCGGUUCGGGUCGAACGUAGCUUCGCGUUUCUAUGCAAAAAUAAAUAAAAAAGCAAGAAAAAAAUCAUGCAAUAUUUUUCUAAGAUUAUAGUGUCAGGUCGUUGUCGCAUAGAAACGCGAAGGAUCGGCCUAACCCUCCCAUUUUUUACGAUUUACCAAAUAUAUAUGUAUAUGUAUUACCUACUCUUAUAUGCACCAUACUCAUUAAUAUGAUGAUACUCUCUGUAUUCAUUAUUAUUAAUUAAAACAAAAUGGUUGUUGUGUAAUGUGUCAUAAUAUAUUCAAGUUAUUAUAUUUAAUGUUUCCAGAAAUGUCAUAUUCUAUAUAUAUGUGAAAUAAAAAAAGUACGCUGACACCAA